AUGCUGAAAACAAUGAAAUUGUAUACUUCUUUAAAUAUUUUUUUUUAUGACAUAAUCUAAAAAUUUAAAUUCUCUAAAGAGUGGUUUGCUUGAAAGCAGAAAGCUGAAAUAAUUAAAUAUGUUAAUGAGACAUAUUUUUCAGGAAAGACACAAAAAACUCAGUUAGAGUUAAUUUGACCAAUUAUUCAAAGUCUGAGCAGACGAUAGACAUUCUUCAAAACAAUGCUAGCCAUCCUAAUGCUAUUUCUAUGUGUCUUCUUCCUGAUAAAUCUAUAUUUUGCUAUGGCAAUCGGCCUCCAUCUGGAACAGCAUUAUAUUGUACCCAGAUAGCACUAUUAAACAGCUUUCAGAUGGAGAUCCGUCAAGAAAUAUGGGUGGUGUGUAUCAUGAUGGCUUUAUUUACUUAUUUGGAGGAUGUUAAUGCUUAUGGUAAUGCAUUGAAUAAAGCAGCAAAUAUGAAUUAUCAACUGAUAAAUGAUAUUAUCUUAUAGAAAAAUUUGCUGCAUGCUUUUUGCAUAAAUUUUUUCCAUAUUGAGUCAAUAUUAUAGUUCUUAAUUUAUUAAGAUAAUGAAAUAAUGAGAAAAAUUUUAGUAGAGAAUAUAAAAUUUGUCCUCUGAAUGAAGUUCUAA